GAAGUGGCGGACAUAAAAUGGCUUCGAAAGUUAGGUUCGAGAGCUUGACAGAGGAGGCAAUUUGUCCGAUCUGCCUGGAUUUCUUCACCGAUCCGGUGUCACUGGAGUGUGGGCACAACUUCUGCCGCUCCUGUAUCACACAGUGUUGGGACAGGGAGGGGAGAAACUCCUGCCCGGAAUGUAGAGAGGUGUUUACAGACCGCACCCUCAGGGUGAAUCGGGCCUUGGCGAGACUGUCUGAGAAAGCUCGAACGCUGAACAUGAAUCGGACAGAGAAUGAAAGUAAACUUCAGUGCGAGGAACAUCGAGAAGAACUGAAGCUGUUUUGUGAAACGGACAAGAAGCUGAUCUGUGUGGUUUGUGCAGCUGGGCGGGAACACAGAGAUCACCGCUUCAUGCCGGUUAAAGAAGCUGUUCAAAUAUACAAGGAUCAGGUGAAAUCUUCCGUCCAGUCUCUCACAAAAAAGAAAUCAGAGAUCCAGCAAAUGGAGCAGCAACAGAAACAGAAGAUUUCUGGAGUCCUGAAACAGUCACACAGCCUUCAGUCCAAGAUCACAUCCCAGUUUGCUGAACAGCACUAUAUUCUCAUUGAGAAAGAGCAGCGCGCACUGGGAGAUAUCCGAGAGGAAGAGAAGAGGAUUCUAAAUUCAAUGGAGAAAAAUCUUGGAGAGAUUCAAGAGAAUUUAAAAUAUACUCAGGAGAAACUAUUAAACUUGCAGCAACAGAUGAAUCAAAAAGACAGUGUGGUGUUUCUGAAGGAGGAAGCUAGUCGCAAGCAAAGGGUUCGUGAUGAAGCCAAACCAAUGUCAGUGGUAGAUGAAGCCUUGCCGAUUGAAAAGUUGCAUUGCCCUGUUUCGUUCAACAUGACAUUCAAAGAAAUAUCUGAUUACUUCAAGCAAGUCUCCGUCACCCUGGAUGUGGAUACAGCGGGUCCUGUACUCGAAGUAUCUGCGGAUCGGAAGAGGAUGAGAUGUACCGGGACCAAGAUGAGUCUCCCUGACACCGGGAAGAGGUUUACACACAGUCCGUGUUUGCUGGGAUUGGAGGGAUUCAUAUCGGGGAGACAUUCAUGGGCGGUGGUGGUUGCGGGGAGUCGGCGCUGGAGUCUGGGAGUCGCCGCUGAGUCUGUGGAGAGGAAGGGGGAGGUCACACUGACACCUGAGACUGGAGUCUGGAGCAUCGGGCUGUGGGAUGACAAGCUUGUUGCCCUCACCUCCCCCCCAUCCCCUCUCCACGCCCGUUCCAUCCCCGGGAGGGUGGGAGUUUAUUUCAGUUACGUGUCUGGGACAGUUUCAUUUUACGACGCGGACACCAAUUCCCAUCUCCACACCCUCACUGGGAAUAAAUUCACGGGAAAACUGUAUCCUUUCUUCGGGACGUGGGAUGGAAAACAUUGGCUGAGAAUGUGCUCCAGUUCCAAAACACAAUAGAAAAUAUGGGCAUGUGUAGGCUACUUGGACCUUCGAGCCAGCACUCCCAUUCAAUGUGAUCUUGGUUGAUUAUCCCCAAUCAGUACCCCGUUCCUGACUUCUCCCCAUAUCCCCCGAUUAGGCUAUUUUUAAGAGCCCUAUCUAGCUCUCUCUUGAAAGCUUCCAGAGAACAUGCCUCCACCCUUAGGCAGAGCAUUCCACAGACUCGCCACUCUCUGUGAGAUAAAGCGUUUCCUCGUCUCCGUUCUAAGUGGCUUACUCAUUAUUCUUAAACUGUGGCCCUUAGUUCGGGACUCCCCCUACAUCUGGAACAUGUUUAAUGCCUCUAGCGUGUCCAAGCCCUUAACAAUCUUAAAUGUCUCAAUGAGAUAACCUCUCAUCCUUCUAAACUCCAUAGUGUACAAGCCCAGCUGCUCCAUUCUCUCAGCAUACGACAGUCCCGCCAUCCCGGGAAUUAACCUUGUAAACCUACGCUGCACUCCCUCAAUAGCAAGAAUGUCCUUCCUCAAAUUAGGGGAUCAAAACUGCACGCAAUACUCCAAGUGUGGUCUCACUAGGGCUCUGUACAACGGCAGAAGGACUUAUUUGUUCCUAUAUUUGAUUCCUCUUGUUAUUAAUGCCAACAUGCCAUUCAUUGUCUUCAUUGCCUGCUGAACCUCCAUGCUUACUUUCUUAGACUGAUGAACAAGGACCCCGCAGAUCCCGUUGUACUUCCCCUUUUCCCAACUUGACACCAUUUAGACAGUAAUCUGCCUUCCUGUUUUUGCAACCAAAGUGGAUAACCUCACAUGUAUCUACAUUAAACUUCGUCUGCCAUGCAUCUGCCCACUCCCUCAAUCUAUCCAAGUCACCCUGCAUUCUCAUAGCAUCCUCCUCACAGUUCACACUACCACCCAGCUUUGAGUCAGCAGCAAAUUUGCUAAUGUUACCUUGAAUUCCGUCAUCCAAAUCAUUGAUGUAUAUUGCAAAGUAGCUGGGGUCCCAGCACCGAGCCUUGCGGUACCCCAUUAGGCACUGCCUACCAUUCUGAAAGGGACCCGUUAAUCCCUAAUCUUUGUUUCCUGUCUGCCAACCACUUCUCUAUCCAUGUCAGCACUCUACCCCAAUACAUGUGCCCUAAUUUUGCACACUAGUCUCCUAUGUGGGACCUUAUGAAAUGCUUUCUGAAAGUCCAGGUACACUACAUCCACUGUACCUCCUGUGUCCAUUUCCCUGGUUACAUCAUCAAAAAAUUCCAGACGAUUAGUUAAGUAUGAAUUCCCGUUCGUAAAUCCAUGCUGACUCUGACCGAUCCUGUUACAGCUAUCCAAAUAUGCGGCUAUCUCAUAUUUUAUCAUUGACUCCAGCAUCUUCCCCACCACCGAUGUGAGGCUAACUGGUCUAUAAUUCCCCGUUUUUUGCUCUCCCGCCUUUAUUAAAAAGUGGGAUAACAUUAGCUAUCCUCCAAUCCACAGAAACUGAUAUGUGUCUACAGAACAUUGGAAAAUUAUCACCAAUGCAUCCACGAUUUAUAGAGCCACUUCCUUAAGUACAUAGAAACAUAGAAACAGAAAAUAGGUGCAGGAGUACGCCAUUCGGCCCUUCCGGCCUGCGCCGCCAUUCAAUAUGACCGUGGAUGAUCAUCCAACUCAGCAUCCUGUACCUGCCUUCUCUCCAUACCCCACGUUACCUUUAGUCUCAAGGGCCACAUCUAAUUCCAUCUUAAAUGUAGCCAAUGAACUGGCCUCAACUACCUUCUGUGGCAGAGAAUUCCAGAGAUUCACCACUCUCUGUGUGAAAAAUGUUUUUCUCAUCUCGGUCCCAAAAGAUUUACCCCUUAGAGAGAGUACAGAGGAGAUUUACUAGAAUGUUGCCUGGGUUUCAGCAACUAAGUUACAGAGAAAGGUUGAACAAGUUAGGAUUUAUCAGCCUUCAGUCCCAUUUGUCUAUCCAACACCAUUUCCUGCCUAAUGUGGAUUUCCUUCAGUUCCUCUGUCACCCCAGAUCCUCUGGUCCCUAUUAUAUCAGGAAGAUUGUUUGUGCCCUCAUUUGUGAAGACAGAUCCAAAGUACCUGUUCCGCACCGGGUGUGUUAAAGAGUCAGGUACCGGGACCGGCGUCAGGAGCAGGGGUUGUGGGGCAGAAACCCGGUGGUCGACGCUGAACGAACGGUUCCCAUUUAAUCCCCAAAUUCCGCGUCGUAAAAAAACCCAGUGAGUGAGUGAGCGCGCGGAAAUAAAAUCAUGGAAAAUGUAAAUGUGGGAAGAGUUAAAUAAAGACUAACUG